AUGUGCAAGAUUUCGAACAAGAUGAUCAAGCUCUCGAAAAUGUCCAAAACCGACGUUCAAGUGUUUUUGACGAAUCGACGAUUCGAGGAACAUUUGGAAGUAUUUCGAAAUUGCAACGGAUCGACGCUUCUGAAGCUCCCGCGAAAGUUCAUCAUCGACAAGUGCGGCGUUGCUGAUGGAAUUCGCCUCUACAACAUUUUGCAAACGCACCAGAAAAAUGAACAGCUGCGGAAAGCGGCUAGAAAGCGGUCAGAGUCCUACAGGCCUUACAAUAAUGAAGAUCCGAUGAGCUCUUCCGACGAGUCUUCGGAUGAGUUCGAACCGAUGGAGUUGGUUGAAGCGUGUGAAGAGGUGGAGAGCUCUUUUGAAAAACCAAAGUAUCAACUUCCUGGAGUGAAAUUGAAGGUGGAUGUGAUACGAACCCGACUGGCUCGGUUAACAGGAGCUACUGAGACGGAAAUUGGUCGCAUCGUCGAGGAAAAGGUCAACCCGGAAGGAGAAACCGUGAAAGUCAUCCUCACUGACGAAUAUCUUCAAAAAGAUCACGAAAAUGUCGAAAAUCGAAUUUUCAAGUUUUAA